GGACAAAGGGCUGAAAUAAAUGAUGACAGCAGCGGCAGCAGCCAAUAGAGACGUGGAGCCCACGCCUCCAACACACAGGAAGAGUCGCGAUGCCUUAUAAGCUUCUGCAGGGCGAGCAGUGGGGAGAGCAUCAGCACUGGCACAGACAGGCUGACAUGAUGCAGUGCUGCCCUGGUCUUUGUAAACUAUGAACGCAGCUAUUGAAUCAAGACUUGUAUUUAUAUUACUGACAUGCCUGGAGGGCACGUAGGAUGAACAGUCGCAUAGCUGCUAGAAGUGGAAAGUGAGCAAGAACUUGUGUGUACUGCUGUGCUUCAGUGCACCAGGAUGGGUCCGGGCUAACGUUACGUGUUUAUGCUAAUUACGUCAGAUGUCACUGCAGCGCUAAUGUCAAAACGGCUAAUUCUUCACACGCUGUCGAUAACUGAUGUUCUUUUCUUUUCUUUCUUUUUUUUUUUUUUUUUUUUUUUAAUGUUUUCAACCCCAGUUCUUACAUAAAGCCCAAUUAAAGCAUGGUUAAUAAAUACUGUGAUACACAAACAUGACUGACCGGCUUUGUAGCUGUCAGUACUAUGUCAUAAAGUUAUUAUUAUUACCAGCCGUGUGCAAAGUCAGUUGUGUAAUGACUCAUUUCGUGAUAAUUCGGACUCACUAUUUACUAAAAGAAUUCAUAAAUAUAUUUAAAAAAUAAGUAAAUAAAAAUAAAACCGUAUUUUGACGUUAACUUGUGUUAACUACUUGUGUGACGUUGCUGCUCCGACGCUUCUACUGGACACUGACACGGUCAGUGCCAAAGAAGCAGCAGAGGCCCUGAGAUCACUCCAGCUUUUAUCGCUCUGAGCAAGAGCGCCCCCUGCAGCAGGUGGCCCCGGCCGGGUCGAGUUCCAACGGACAGAGCAGUCCCACUGGUGUGACGGGGGGCAGGGGAACCCCCCCCACACACUCCCUCAGGUUUAAGAUGUUCCUGCUUCCACCUAAGAAGCACCUCAUCCUAAAGGGGGUGACUGUAAACACACGGCCAAGUAUCAAACUGUACGCCAGGGGUUAACAAGCAGCUUCCACGAGCUGAAAUGCCCUCCCAUCAUCCACUCCCCCCUGAAAUGGACUGUCCCAUGGAUUCACAUGACGUGUGUGUGUGUGUGUGUGUGUGUGUGUGUGUGUGUGUGUGUGUGUGUGUGUGAGUGUGUGUGCUUGCAUGUGUGUGUGUGUGUGUGUGUGUGUGUGAGAGAGAGAGAGAGAGAGAGAGAGUGUGUGCGCGCGUGUGUCUUCUCUUAGCCAUAUAUAUUGGGCCAUGUGGACACAGACGUGGAGUUUUGUAGGAUAGACUCUGUGUUGGCUGCAGGGCUGUUGGCCUCCCUUUCUUCAUUUUUCUCUUAAAGAGUACCAGCAGGAAUAUAAAGCAGCCUUCAGAGCUCUCUGGAGCGCUUGUUGGUGGGAACAGAGGAACCUUCUUUUUUUUCCCCCCUGAGAGCGCUGAGUCUUUGCUUGAGUACCUGGCCCUGUAGCAAAAAUGAGUGACCUGCCGGACGAUGGCUCUUUCAUGUUCACAUCGGAGUCCGUAGGAGAGGGACAUCCAGACAAGAUUUGUGACCAGAUCAGUGAUGCCGUCCUUGACGCUCACCUGAGGCAGGACCCUGAUGCCAAAGUGGCCUGUGAGACGGUGUGUAAGACUGGCAUGGUGCUGCUCUGUGGAGAGAUCACAUCUCGAGCCAACGUGGACUACCAGAGGGUUGUGAGGGACGCCAUCAAACACAUCGGCUACGACAACUCCGACAAAGGUUUUGACUACAAGACAUGUAACGUGCUGGUGGCUCUGGAGCAGCAGAGCCCGGACAUUGCUCAGGGCGUCCACGUUGACAGACAGGAGGAGGACAUUGGCGCUGGAGACCAGGGCCUGAUGUUCGGCUACGCUACAGAUGAGACGGAGGAGUGCAUGCCCCUCACCAUCGUCUUGGCCCACAAGCUCAACUCAAAGAUGGCUGAGCUCAGACGCAACGGCGUCAUCAGCUGGCUGCGUCCCGACUCUAAAACACAGGUGACGGUCCAUUACGAGCAGAAGGAUGGAGCCGUCAUCCCCAAGAGAGUUCACACCAUCGUGAUCUCUGUCCAGCACGACGACUGCAUCUCACUGGAAGACCAGAAGAGGGUGCUCAAGGAGAAGGUGAUCAACACUGUGGUUCCUGCUAAAUACCUGGACGACAAGACCAUCUACCACCUCCAGCCGAGUGGCCGCUUUGUCAUUGGAGGACCCCAGGGCGAUGCUGGUGUGACAGGCAGGAAGAUCAUUGUAGACACAUACGGAGGGUGGGGAGCUCACGGCGGCGGCGCUUUCUCUGGCAAAGACUUCUCGAAGGUCGAUCGCUCUGCUGCCUACGCCGCUCGCUGGGUGGCCAAGUCUCUGGUCAAAGCCAAACUGUGCAGGAGAGUCCUGGUUCAGGUGUCUUAUGCCAUCGGAGUGGCCCAUCCCCUGUCCAUCUCCUUGUUCACCUACGGUUCCUCCGAGAAAACAGAGACAGAGCUGCUCCACAUCGUCAACAAGAACUUUGAUCUGCGGCCAGGAGUCAUUGUCAGGGAGCUGAACCUGAAGAGGCCAAUCUACCAGCAGACAGCCUCUUACGGCCACUUCGGCCGACCAGAGUUUACUUGGGAGAUUCCCAAAAAGCUUGUCUUCUAAAUACUCCACCUGCUCUUCCUGAUCGACUCACCCGGAGGCUGGACGAGAUGCCUCGUCGUAGGGCUUCAUCGACUUAUAGGAUAUUUUUAAUCGGAAGAACUAAAGCCAAAGUGAGGGAUAAAUCAGCUUUAAAGAUAAGAUAAAGAUAAUUAUACACAGGAGUGGUUGAGGCUGAUGGACAUAUAAUGGGACACAGAGAACAUGUCAGAAACCAAUUUUUUUUUUUCUAGUGCCUAAAACAAUCUAAUUAUUGGUGUUUCAGUACAAUCACUAGUCAAAGAGUUUCCCUGUUAGCGUAAGGGAACACCACAGCAACUAAAACCCUCUGAAGAUAAACACUAGAGGCAGAGUGUUUUACCUCAACGCUGUGACCUUCAUGUGACCAGUAUAAUGUACAGAAACAACCUUGGUGCUUCACUUUUAAAAGUGUUUUAUCCUGUAAACGCCACAAGUGUAACUGUAGUUCAACCAAAGGCUUGGCUUUAAAAGAAAACGUAAUCUUUUUGUUGCGACUGUAAAAAUUCCUUCUUUUUUUUUUUUUUUUCUCUCUAAGUCUUCUUUUGUAAUGUGUGCCACAGGAAGCUGUUUGCACUGUUACAGUCGCCACUGAACAAGAAGACAGGUCACUAAAACAUGGGGAGAGCACUUAUGUCUUAAUGUUACAAUCAGUCCAAUGUAAAAUAGCCAUGCGGUCUCAUGUUUCCACACUGUUCUUCUUUUUUUCUCUCACUGCUCUUCAUUUUCAUAUCAAGGUGCUUUUAUUACCACACAGAUCUGUAUCUUUAUGUCUUUUUUUUUUUUUUUUUUUAUUUACCCGCAGGCCUGCUGUGUGUGUCCACAAACGUGACGCAUUUCAGCAAAUAACCAGAAGUCUUAACUCUGAUCUGAUUUUCAAUCGAUCUCUGCGCUCUUUGCAGUGAAUAAGUGGACCACUGAUGUCUUACAUUUGCUUAACUUGUACUAUAAGCUUCUGUUGAUCCGAGCUAAUAUCUGACACACUAUGAUCUUCUAUAUCUUUGUGAUACUGAGCUAAUUUGUGUUUACUGAAAUAUUUAGAAGACUGUCCACGCUUAAUCACAAAGUAUUUAAUCUAAUUAUUUGCGUCUGAAACACCUCUGAAGGGAGGGAGGAAGUGUGACCAGUGUUCACUUUAAAACUUCACGUGCUUUCAUCUACAGCCGACAUUGUUUUUUUGUAUGAGUGGUUUUCCUCAGCGUAAUGUGUUAAUCUGUGUCACCUACUGUGGACAAACUGGACAAUGUAAAUAAUUGAACAAUAAAGAAAAUUAAAGAUG